AUGUCUGCGGCUCCGGACUCCCUUUCUUCGAACGGCAACGACCUGCAUUCUUCCAUGGAUCACCUCAAAAUGGACGAUGGCGAGCCACGCCUCGGCCCCGACGGGGAGCUCGCGCCACGAACAGACGAAGAAUACGCCGUUGCACAGCUUACUCUCAGAGCCCUCGUCUCGUCUAAGGAAGCCGGCGUUAUUAUUGGCAAGGGGGGGAAGAAUGUGGCAGACCUUCGCGACGAGACUGGUGUCAAAGCUGGUGUGAGCAAAGUCGUACAAGGCGUGCAUGAUCGUGUUCUUACAAUCACCGGCGGUUGUGAGGCCGUUGCCAAAGCUUACGCGCUCGUCGCGCGAUCCCUGCUUGAAGGCGCGCCGGCCGUCGGCAUGGGUGGCGUGGUUCAGAACACAGGGACGCAUCCCAUCAAGCUCCUCAUCUCUCACAACCAGAUGGGCACAAUUAUUGGCAAGUCUGGUCUCAAGAUCAAGCACAUCCAGGACGUCUCUCAGGUUCGCAUGGUAGCCCAGAAGGAGAUGCUGCCACAGUCAACAGAACGCAUCGUCGAGGUGCAAGGCACUCCGGACGGUAUCCAGCUGGCCGUCUGGGAGAUAUCCAAGUGUCUCGUCGACGACUGGCAACGUGGCACCGGUACUAUUCUCUACAACCCGCUUGCCCGCACCGGCCCUGGUAGUGCUGGCUCCUUGCCGUCUGGCGCUGCCAGUUCUACCGGCGCGCCGCAAUACAACUCAUACGGUGGCUCGCGUGUGCUGCGUACAGGAAAUGGCGCGGACUUCAGCAACAACAGCAGCGAGCGCCCAUUCACUAGGCGGUCUGGCUCUGACGCAGCGACUCGCGGCGUUCCAACGCACGAUGAGAACGGCGAGGAGAUUCAGACUCAGAACAUCAGCAUCCCUGCGGAUAUGGUUGGCUGCAUAAUUGGCCGCGCUGGCAGCAAGAUUAGCGAGAUCCGCAAGACUUCUGGCGCACGCAUCUCCAUUGCCAAGGCUCCACACGAUGAUACUGGCGAGCGCAUGUUUACCAUCAUGGGCUCUGCCAAAGCCAAUGAGACGGCCUUGUUUCUCUUGUACGAAAACCUCGAGGCUGAAAAGAUGCGUCGCAGCCAGGCGCCACCAUCAGACUGA